CACAAUCAUGUACAUGUAUGUAGUGAAUAGAGCUUUUCGUUUCACAGCAGUGCUCCGGGAAUCGCUAGAAAAGCGAGCGAACGUUGAUCCGCGACAUCAAACUGCACUUUCCCCUUGUUCGUCGAGUUGUUUGUUGACUUUUGUGAACUAAACUACCUGACAGUACAUUCUGUCUGGCAAAUAUUACUAUGAUAUCGGGAGUGGUUCGUCGUCCUACAGCACUGCUGUCAAUGACGCUUGGAGGUGUCAAGCGUUCAGCUAGAUACUUGACACUUGGCCAUACAUAUGCCGCGGCAUCCUCAAGCAUCGCGUCCAAGCCGCAUUUUCAAUCCUUUUUCAGUAGAGAGCAAAUUGAACACUUCAACAGCAAUGGUUAUGUGGUAGCUCCAUCGGAUUUUCUCGACGAAAGAGAGAAGGAGAGCGUAGUCCGGUGGGCUACUGAACUGAGCAAGUGGCAUCUAUCCAAAGGGAAAUGGACGCAGUAUUUUGAAGCCGGAUCCAGCAGUGACCCAGUUUUGUGUCGCAUUGAAAACUUCCUUCAGUACCACCGAUCCAUGGACCAGUUUGUACGCGGAAAGAUCACAGAGGCUGUGUCAGAGCUGAUCAAUGAACCCGCAGUGCUCUACAAAGAGAAGAUAAAUUUCAAAUUUCCUGGAGCAAAAGGUUUCCCAGCGCAUCAGGACGCACCAGCUUACAUCUCGUUUGGCAUGAAAUAUCACGUGACUUGCCUGUUAUGUGCUGACCCAGCCACUGAGGAGAAUGGCUGUUUGCAAGUCGUCCCCAGGCACCCUAGUCUGGGCAUGCUACCUCACCCAAAUGGUCAGCUGGACCCGGAGCUGGUGCAGCAGUGGGAGAGAGAAAACGCAUGGGUAUCAUUGCCUGCGGAAGUUGGUGACGCAAUCUUCUUUGACUCACUAGUUCCGCAUCGCAGCAUGGAGAAUCGCUCCAAAACGGAGAGCAGGCGCAUCUUCUAUUUGACGUUCAAUCCGCUCCAGGAUGGUGAUAGGCGCGAAGGCUAUUACAAUAUGAAGAGAGAGAUGUUUCCACCUGACAAUGAGAAGGUACCAGGAAGGGACUAUAGCGAAGGGGCCAAGAUCUUCAACCUCUCCACUCCCAUUAGAAACAAGAAGGACUGAGUGAACUGCUGAGCUUGCGCAACGCGCAGGAAAGCAAUUUCCCCUUUGCAUGCGCUCCUGUGUAAACCCAUGGAGAACCCUAUUGGCUGAUCUAAAUAGCUCUAGUUUUGAAUCAGGUGCUAGGUCAAAAUGGAAUAUUUCUACCGAAUUUUUGUCUUGUUGAUCCGUGCAACGCACAUUCGUGAAACAGUUGUAUUGUAUUCCUGCUGAACACAAUUGAACUCCAGAUCGUUAUGAUCCAAACCCACACAUCCCAUGCACUGCUGCUACGCUCCUGCUUAUUUUGCAAAAUGAAGUGAGUGAUGAGCUCAAUCUACCACUGAAAUAACUGUUGACAUAUUAUGUAGACUGAAUUGCAAGACUUAAUACAGACCUAGAAAAUAAUACAAUGAGUAAAGUUGUGUUUUGUAGUCAUGCUUGGGGUUCAGACGAGCAUGGAUCAGGAUCAGGAUAUGGGCCAGUGGAUUUUAAUCCGAGCAAUCCCACCUGAUACAGAACUGCUAGGAUGGCUGGGAAUACUUCCAAUAUUUGAGGGCUAAGUACAAUAAUUGUUAUUUUGCCUGAUGUGUGGCCGAGUCGGAAUGCUUUUCAGAGAGUGUGUUCUCCCCACUUUGAAUGAUUGCCAGUCGCUGUUUUAGUUGCUUCCAUCAUUAUUGAUCAGCAGCCAUAUUUGAACUUGAUGAGACUUGCUUCACACGCUGCUAAGAAAACAUUCCACAAUGUUGCCUGUCAGUCCUUCUGGGAUAUUGGAAAUGUACCUUCGCAAAGUAGCAAGGAUUUCAUACAAUUAAUAUUUGAUACUCUA